CAACAUAAAACAUUUUUCUCAUGAUCCAUGAAAUUGACUUUUGGUUUACUUGCCGGGAAACUCUUGGUUAUACUGGCACUGCCAUCCUGUUAAAUAUUCCUCCAUUUAACCAAACCCUAAAAUUUAUUUAUAAUUUCGAAAUUUCUCAUUAAUCAAUAUAAUAGACUCAUAGUUUGAGAAGAGAAGUUUCCCAAAAUGGCGGAACUUAAAGCUUCAACUCCUACAUCAAUUACAGACUUAGAUGUUGAUUCAUUGGUACACUGCGCUACUUAUUUGAGCAUUCCGGACAUAUCUAACAUGGCAAUGACUUGUAAAUUCUUCAGAAAUGCCGCUUAUUCUGAUUCUAUUUGGCAUCGUCUCUUCAGGGAAAAAUGGCCGGAGCACAUGUUGAGCCAACAGCCUCCAGGUUCAUUAGUGAGGGACACCUAUUUGAGUAGGCGUACUGCUGUCAGACGUUUUAGCUUUGUUGAUCCUUUGGUUGCAGAUUUCUACACUGAUGCAAGGCCUUUCAAUCAUGUAUUGUUAGGAAAAAAUGACAUCGCUUUUUCACAGGGAUCAUUGGUACAACUUCUGAAGAUUGAUGAUUUUGUGAACGGUAAAGCAUGCCAUGUUUUUUUAAGGGAUCAUAAUGCAAGAAUUACAUGUAUGAGAUUAUUUCCAAUCACAGAGGUACCUUUCAUUCGAAGUGAGGCACAAUUAGAUGAAAAUGUAUUAAUAACUUCAAGUUCAGAUCGCUCUAUUCGCCUUUGGUGGAAGGGCUCUUCUUUUCGAUGUUUUAAAGGUCACAAUGGUCCGGUUUCUGCACUCUCGGAUAAAUUACUGGGUGACAUUGGUAGCAAAGUGCUUGCUAGUGGAGGAGAAGAUGGAACUGUUCGUCUGUGGUCUCUCAGUUCAAGGGGCAAGCGUGGCCAACAUGCACCUAAUGCAACACUUCAUGGGCAUGAGAAACCAAUUAAAUUGCUGUCAGUUGCAGGGCACAAGAUUUCACUUUUGAUCAGUGUUGCAACAGAUUCAAAGAUCAGAGUGUGGGAUUCAGCUCUUGCAUCUACAUCUCGGACAUCCAGUUGUGUGGGAAUGACCUCUGUGCUAGGUACUCCUGUUGGAGUCAAAUGCGUUGAGUCAAUGCUUUAUGUAGCUGCAGGUUGCUCUGUUCAUGCAAUUGAUCUGAGAACAAUGAAGAAGGCUUUCACAGCUGCUGCUUGUCACCCAGAUCUUUUCUCAUUUGAGAUGCUGCCUUCAAGAUCGUUGAUCUGCACUGGAGGAAAUAAUAAAGCUUUAUUAUGGGAUAUUAGGAAAAGCCAGGAUGAAUUAAGAUCAAGAUCAGAGCCAGUAGCUGAGAUGGAAGGUCAUAACGGCCCAGUUACUCAAGUGCAUAUGGACGAUUACAAGAUUGUUACUGGUGGUCCUGAUGACUUUUUUACUAAUAUAUGGGAGGUGGAGACUGGUGCUCUCAUUAAUUCCUUAAGCUGUUGUCCAUCAGAGCUAUCUAAUACCACGAUAGGGUGUAAUGCAAUGGCCAUAUAUGGUUGUCGAAUUGUCACUGCAUGCUCUGGAGAGAAUGGACUUGUACGCUUCAGGGACUUCAACAAUGCUUCUUGCUCUGUUGCUUUGUAUGAGGAUGCUGUGUCUUCCAAAUUUUGGAAUUCGAACUCCUACAGUGUUUCAGAUUCUGAUUUGUAGUUAAAGAUUUCAAGUGAACAACAAUGGUGUUGUAGAAGGUUACAUAAGGAUUGAAGAAGGGAAGAACAAAAAUUAAAGGAGAAAAAUAACGAGAAGGGAGAGAAAGAAAUGAGGCUGAUGAUCGACCUCAGAGUCAUUCUGCAAUAUGUGUAGCAGCAAGAAGUGUGCCUCUAAAAGCCUUUAGUUGUGAGAUAUAGAAGACAUCAUGAAUCCUUGAGCAAUCAGCGAGGAUAUAUGGACCUUACAAGUGAUGGAACGUCUUUGCAUUGGAUACGGGUAAAAAUUGAGUUGCAAAGCUUGAAGCACAUGUCCUCCUUUUGUGUAAUUUGGUUUCUACCGCAAAGUUUUAAUUUGAAUGACUUUUGAUAUUUUGUUAUUUUUGAAAACCCAAGUGUUUUCGGGAACCACGAUUCUUGUUUACAUGGUAAUUUAGAGAAGCCGACAACGAUUCAUUCCGUCGUGAGAUUUUGUUACCAGGGCGAUGAUGCCUCUUCUUUGUUAUUUUUUAUUGAUCAUUUAUUA